CAACGUGGAGUUUGGUAAUGAGUGCUUGCUUGCCAAAUAGCUCGGUUUUAUGAAGAAUGGAGAAGAUAAAGAUUGAUAAGAAAGCGUCGCAAUCAUUGGAUAAAUAUUUGGAAUACAGAAGGAUUGUGGGUGAUGAGGAUGGAGGUACACUAUUCACUCCGGCACAAUAUGAGCAGUACAAGAAGAGGGUCGUUCCUCAGAGGAUGAACAACAGACUCUAUGUGAGCUUCGGGGUACCAGGAGAAGGACUAGAGUGCAAGCUGGUCGGACCUGAGACUCAAUGCUUCUGCUCCCACAGAUACAAGCAGCACAAGACAGACUUUGAAGUGCUUUCGUCGGGGGCCCCUCUAGCCCUGCCUUGCCAGGUUAAGGGUUGCCGGUGUACAGCCUACCAAUAUGUUGCCCUCAGCGGUUCUCGGCCGGCUCGCUGCAGGUGUAAACACACGGCAGAGGAUCACAGUGAGGCCGCAGACAUUUUUUGCAACAUGUGCGCUUCCUGUUCUGGGUUCCAGAGCCCCUACACCUGUGGUUGUGGCCAGCCCAGCUACGCCCACCACACACUGGUGAACACUAGGCAGCAGAGGCUGGCUGAGGGGAAGCCGGUGGGGAGGGAUGUUCCCUACAAGGCCAUGGGGGGCCUGACAGGCUUCAGUUCUCUGGCUGAUGGUUACCUCCGGCUGGAUGCCACCAGGGUCCAGGUGACAGAUUAGUCCGCAUCAGAGACGAGGAGGGAAGAAGAGGAUGACAUGUCGUACUUUGAGAGGCGGUACCAGGAGCGGGUAAGUAGCCCGCCCUUCUCUUAG